AUGUUCAUGAGAAAGCAGAAGCAACUAGUUGUCCAUGGAAUUCAUGAUUAUCUGUAUGCAUUUUUCGGAUCGUCAUCAAUUGAUUAUGAGGUCAAAUCUAAACACGGACUACCCCCAAGUCUGAAAAACAUCAAAAGAACUUGUAUAGAAGUACCUGGAAACACGACUGCCGAAAAGUUGGAAGCAUGCUUCGUCACUUCUCCGAAUCAAGAAUACAUUCAACUUAAUGGUGAUUUUAAUGGAAGUUUGUGUUCAAACUCGGCGAUUCUUGGAGCUGAACACUUGAGAAUCUGUGUCAAUGAAGGCCAUGGAGAUGAGAUUCUGCUUCGCUUUAGAGGUAACCGACUUCAAUUUGAUUCAACGGAAUUUCAUGAUUCUACCAUCUCACAAUUUCUGAAAGAGUGGAAGUCAAACCAAGGAUUCCAAAACUUGAAGUCUCUAUCAAUUGGAUCUAAUUGGAGAAGCAACUACAACGCUCCAAAGCUAUUGAAAGAUAUAGAUGUGAAACAGCUGGAUCAAGCAGAAGAUAUUCUUCAUAUUUCUUGGCAAAUGAGCUGCUCAUAUUACCGUCCGGAGAGGUUCUUCUCAGAGUUACCCUCAAAGUCGAGGAAGGUCGGGUUUUUGUUUCGUGACUACUUGAUAAGAGACGGUGAUGGAGUAGAAGCUUCUGUAUCAAUCGAGAAUCAUUUUGUUUCUUUCGCCGUCUGGAAAGGGAACUCGUGUGAAGUGAAAAAUAUAAAUGAUUGA